CGAUAAGCAUCCGAUCUCAGUCAGUUAAUUUCUGAUCGCGAACCAUGAAGGUCAUAGUGACUGGUGCUGCUGGCUUCCUUGGGUCCAGGGUUGCUGAUGCCUUGCUGAGGAAACAACCACCUUCUCUUCUAAAUGUAACUGAACUUAUCCUCACCGACGUUCACCAACCUCCGUCAAGAAAUGACAAUCGCGUGAAAGCUCUCGCGCUUGACCUAACACAGCCAUCAGCCGCUGAACAGCUCAUUGACGAGAACUGUGACGUCAUCUUCCACCUCGCUGCUGUCGUCAGCGGUCAAGCUGAAGCCGAAUUUGAUUUUGGAAUGAAAGCCAACUUAGAAGCUACAAGGCUGCUUCUAGAAACUGCUCGAAGGAAAGCACCUAAAGCGAAAUUCGUCUUUGCAAGCACCGUUGGAGUUUUUGGAGGGGACCUACCGCCCGUUGUCGAUGACUUAACAGCUGUGAUGCCUCAAACUUCAUAUGGGACUGCCAAAGCUAUGUCUGAGUUACUCAUCAACGAUUACUCCCGACGUGGUUACGUAGAUGGCCGUAUUGUCAGAUUGCCUACUGUGAGUGUCCGUGCAGGAGUCGCGAAUGCCGCUGUGACGUCAUUUGCCAGUGGCAUAGUUCGGGAGCCUUUGAACGGAGAGGAGUCCAUUUGUCCUGUAAAGAAAGAGCAAGAAUUAUGGCUGGCUAGUCCUGCAACUGUAGUUCACAAUAUAGUGUACGCAGCAACUUUAGAAGCUAGUAUUUUCGGUAAAUGGCGUGCUGUGAAUCUUCCAGGUCUCCGUGUUUCUGUUGGAGAAAUGCUUGAAGCUCUUCGAAAGGAGGCUGGUGAUAAAGUGGCCUCUUUAGUUCGUUUUGAAUACAAUGAAACGAUUGCCCGUAUGGUAGCUUCUUUCCCAGUCAUUUUUGAUAACAGUCGCGCUCUUAAACUUGGAUUUAUUGUGGAUUCAGACUUUGCUCAAGUGAUUCGUUCGUAUAUAAAAGAUGAUUUGAAAAAGAAUUAGUGAUUAUUAACUUGGUUCAAAUUUUUUUCUCAUUUCAUUUGUUAUCAGUGCAUUAAAGUAUUCGGUAAUGUUAUCUUCAAACUAAGUAUAUGACUUGUUUACCUAUUAUAUAACAGAUUGCUUAUCAUGUUGAGUAAAUUAACAAUGUAGGUAGGUAUUUAACAAAGAUACCAUGUACCUAUUAGAUUGAAUAAAUUAUUACUGAUGUUUCAAAUGAAUGGUAUUAUAAAAUUAAAUUAAACAGUUAUCAUAAUAA